AUGGAGUUCACAACAGCCAAGGCUCUUAUUGAGCUAGCCAUCGUCCUUGCGGUUAUGUGGUUCGCUCUGGUUCAUCGGCGUACUCAACCCACACUGCCACUACCUCCUGGCCCCCCGGCCGAGUUCCUUCUAGGCCAUACUCGUCUGAUACCAAAGGAGAACACUGCGGCAACAUAUGCCAGGUGGGCAAGAGAAUACGACUCGGAUAUCAUCCAUGUCAAGUCUCUCGGUCAUUCCAUCGUUGUCCUCAACAGCGUGGAAGCAGCCAGGGAUGUCCUUGAAAAGAAAGGCGCCAACUUCUGCGACCGACCUAGGUUCACCUUACUUGAGGUCAUGGGCUGGGGCAAAACGUUGACCUUUCUCCCGUACGGACGACGAUGGCAGAUGCAUAGAAGACUACUUCAGACUUCAUUCAGCAACACAAACGUUCGUCAAUGGCACAAGCUGCAAAUAACCGAGGCUCGGCGGACGGUUCGCAACAUGAUGGGCAAGCCCAGUUUAUGGGAGACUUCGCUCCGUCGACUCGCUGUGGCUAUUGUGCUCCAGGUAAGCUAUGGUACUGAGGUACCCAAGGACGAUGACCCGUACAUCCAGAUUGCCAACGACGCAAUGUACGCCACUGGCAACGGCGGAGCUCCGGCCAACAGCAUCGUUGAUUUAGUACCCCUGGGUAAGGCGAGAAAGAACCCACAUGGUCCUCUUUACGUGGUUGGAGUUACUCAUGCGCUAUCCACAGCUCGCCAUUUGCCGGACUGGAUCGUUCGUGACUGGUCACUUCGGUUUGCACGACAGUGGCGUUGGGCUAUCCAGAAACUCCACGACGUCCCAUUCGCGGCAGCACAGUCUGAGCAUGACGACCGCGGCGAUAACAAAUCUUUGGCACACGAGCUUUUACGCCAGUAUAGACGCAACGAGGAAAACGGUCAAGAACAAGAGUGGUCGCUCGACGAUAUCAAGGGCGCCGCUGGUGCAGUCUUUAUUGCGGGCGCAGACACGACUUGGGCAACAUGUGUAAUUUUUAUCCUCAACAUGGUUCUUCAUCCCGAAAUACAAGAGAAAGCCCGAAGCCAACUCGAUUCGGUCAUCGGACCCGAUAGGUUGCCCAACUUUUCGGACCGGGCUUCCUUGCCAUACAUUGAGCACAUUGUGCAGGAGAUCUAUCGGACCGUGGUCUACGCCAACGCCCAUGCCAUGGCGCACGACGAGCGGAUCUACCGGGCGCCCCACGACUUCAACCCCGAUAGGUACGAGCCUCUGGCCAACGGCGGCGCGGGCGAGCCAUUCCCGGUUGGGAACUUUGGCUUCGGACGACGGUACGUUGAUGCCACAUUGGAUGUUCUAGUCGCGGAUCUGGAUUCUCACAAGACCCUUCUCGGUGGACAGAGUUUGCGUCGGCCGAUUCCUGGCCGACAACAGCGUCUGGAUCAUGGUGGCGACCAUGCUAGCAACGCUCGAAUUCCGCAAGAAGAUGGGCCCAGACGGGAGUCCCAUUGA